ACGAGAAGAAUUAGUUGUAUAGAUAUCUGAGAGCAGCACGGAAACUCCAAUGGCAAUCGACAAAGGGUGACGCCUUUAUACCCCAAUCCCCAAUUCCCUUCAUCAGCCCAAUCACUAUUGCCUUCUUCCCUAAACCCUAUUCCCUGUUGGCUCAGCUUUCUUCAUCACAAAUUGCUUUUUCUUUUGUUAUAUGCCGAAUUUCUCUUCUUUCCUUGCACGGUAUGGCGGGUAACUCUCUAAAUCUCAAACCUCAUCAUGAAGUUGAAGGAAUUGAGCAUUUGGAGAAUAGGGUUUCCAAUUUUCUCCCGUUAUAUUCCGAUAGCAGGAUAAUGGGGGACUUGAAAGUUCUACAGAUUUCUACAAUUCUGCAGCAUCCAUUGGAACCCAUAGAGUUCCUACAUUUGGAGAAGUUGAUCCUAGGAACAGUGAGAAGAAAGAACAUGCCAGUGAGCAAAAUCUAGGGAAAUACUUCUUUUAUGACUCACCACUUUCUGAAGAAACUGGGGUUUGGAUACCUGUUUCAGUCCCACCAAUGUUGGAAAAUAAUCAUGAAGAGUGGAGCAGAGGUUUUCAUUCGAAUGGUGGUUAUUUUCCUGAGGGUGACAUAGGUUGGAACCAGGUCAUUGGACAAGAGAAGGAUUUGACCAUGUGGGAUGUAAUAGUGGAAAUGUUACUUGCAGCUCGUGGAAAAGUGAGUGCUAUUGCUUCAGGUGAUAUUCAUAGUUGUAAUUUUUCAUGGAUGUCAAGCCAUCUACUAGAGCAAGCUUGGCAAGAGAUGGCUCAAACUCUUACAGAAGCCAAUUUUGGUAAUGUGAGGGAGAUUCUUGAAGCUGAGCCUCCAAAAUGGUUGGCUGAUAGUUCUGCCUCUGCUUGCAUGCUGUGUGGUGUACGAUUUCAUCCAAUUAUGUGCUCCAGGCAUCAUUGCAGGUUUUGUGGCGGAAUAUUUUGUGGCGAGUGCUCUAAAGGAAGGAGUUUAUUGCCAGUAAAGUUCCGUGUUGCAGAUCCUCAACGAGUUUGUGAUGUAUGUUGUGUGCGUCUUGAGACUGUCCAGCCAUACCUGAUGGACCAAGUAAGCCAUGCUGCUCAAUUGCCAACCCAUGACUUGACAGACCUUAGUACUUUGAGAUCUUGGGUUAAUUUUCCAUGGGGACAAUCCAUGGAAUAUGAGAUUUAUAAGGCAACAAACACAAUUCAGGGUUAUAACAAGGCAGUUUGUCUAAAACCUGAGAAAUCAAUUCCAGAUGCCAUUCUAAAACAAGCAAAAGGCCUUGCAAUAAUCACAGUUGUCAAAGUUGGGGUCAUGGUCACUUAUAAUGUUGGAACUGGGCUUGUAAUUGCCUGCAGAGAAGAUGGCUCAUGGUCUCCACCUUCUGCUGUAUCUUCAUUUGGCAUGGGUUGGGGAGCUCAGGCUGGAGGGGAAUUGACAGAUUUCAUAAUUGUAUUGAGAACAAAUGAUGCUGUGAAGACAUUUUGCGGCAAUGCACAUGUUUCAUUGGGUGCUGGUUUAAGUGCAGCAGUUGGUGUUGUUGGACGAGCAGCUGAAGCUGAUCUGAGAGCUGGUGAUGGUGGUUAUGCUGCUUGUUAUACAUACAGCUGCAGUAAAGGAGCAUUUGUUGGAUGUUCACUUAAAGGGAGUGUUGUCAUGACACGGUCAAAAGAGAAUUCCAGAUUCUAUGGGAGCCAGUCAAUAACUGCAUCAGAUAUACUUCUCGGCUCACUACCACAGCCACCAGCCGCAGCAAUUCUUUAUCGUGCACUUGGCGACCUAUCUCAAAAGCUUGGUAGGUAAUAAGUUGGGGUUCAGUAUCAAUCUCACUUGUUACUUAUUUGUACAUUAACCUGUAAGGUUUGUUCACAAUCAUUCCUUGCCCGGUUGCAAUUGAAGUGUACAAAUGGCUUGCUCGGAGAGCAUAUCCCUUCAGAUUAUCCCUUGGCUGUAUAUAAUGACAGAUACAAUGGAUGAACUACUGGGAGAUUUCUGGACAUAAAUACAAUCCUUCAUUAAAAUUUAUUUGAAACCUUUAUAUAAAGUUUUAGCCUUUUCGCAAAA